GGUGACUUUGGGAGCAAAAGCUUCGCUCCUGGUUGGCGACCUCGUCACGAUCAGGGCAGAUCAGUUGCCAGGAUUUGUUGGAGAGGACCGGCCCUAUUUACAUUCAGUUGCGCGCAGCGAUGCCCCACCUGUGGAAGUCAAUGCAGCCUUGUCUGCACCCAGCGAAGUGAACCCAUGCAUCCCCAUCCGCUUGAGCUCGGAGCUUUCAACUGGAGAUUCUGGCCGCAGCAUGCUGGCAGAAUGGCGACUGGGCAACACCACUGGUCUCAAUGACACCCAGUUGACAGCUUUGUGGGAGCAAGUCUACAACGCGACCAAUUCAUCUGAUGCAGUGCUUGAACUCAAUUUCUUGGCCCAGGACGUGCACCAGCCGCAUAUGGAUGCGUCAAUCGAAGUCAUCGUUGGCCUGACGAACUGGCUUCGCCAGAGUGAUUCAGCCCGCGCAACAGUGAGGGUUUCAUCUGCAUAUUCAGCUCCCCCUCUUCGGCCGGUGGCACCUUCGAUUGAGGUCAAGGCUUCAGAUCCUGUGGAACUUGCAGUGGAAGUGCAAGCCAAUCCAUGUGCAUCCGGCGGGCUGGUACAGAUCACUUGGGCUGUUUGGCCCCAAGGAACUCUUACAGGUUGGAGAAGCCUUGAAGCCUUCGGGCUACAAGACCAAAGGCCUCAAAGGCAAACGGCCAUCCACAUCGCUUCCAACAGCUUUGAUCCGGACACGAAGCUCAAUUUCAGAGCCACGGCGGUCUACGAGGGCUACACAGCGAUGUCGGAGCAGAUCUUCGAAGUGACGAUCUUACCCCCUGCAAGGCCUCUGGCGGUCAUCUCCAGCCCAAGCAGUGUCUCAAAGGACUGCAGAUUGGUUUUGAAGAGUGUGUCCGCAGAGUCCAACUUGCGACAUUCCUGGAGAUGCUCCGACUGUCACUUCGUUGGCUUCGACCUCGCGGCCCUUCCGGAAUCGGACAGUGAAGUCACCAUUCCAGGUGGUUCUUUGAAUGAGGGCACCUACAACUUCUCCCUUGAAGUUUGGCGGCCAGAUGCACGUGAACAUUCAGGUGAAUCGCAGAUCACAGUAGCCGUGGUGAGUGCUUCAAGACCGGCAGUCAUUCUGAGCUUUCCCUUCGUGGCCGGUGGAGCGGUUUCAACCAGAUUUCCCACUUCUGUCGACGUUGAGGUGACCAUUGAGGUGGAAGUUGUGACUGACAGCGAGUGCCCGGUAAAUGAUGCAAGUUGGAGUUGGGCAGUGUACCACGACAACGACAACAGUACUCCCUCCGAGCCUUUGGAAAGCCUGCGACCGUCGCCAGGCAAAUCGAACAGCCGCAUCAAUAUUCCCAUGAACUCCCUGAAGAAAGGAGGCAUGUACUACUUUGCUUUAUUGGAUGACGAUGGCUCGAUCCUCGCGAAGUCGCCGAGCUUCCGUGCGGACGGGCCGCCGGUGCCGGGCGUGGUGGAGGUCGAACCUCGCCAAGGUCAAGCGGUGACUACUUCCUUCACUAUCGCUACUCAUUCUUGGCAAGACGAAGACGAAGAAAGCCUCCAAUACAGUCUCUACGCCUUCCCUACCGAGAAGGAUGUCCGAGAGGUUGACUACACCGAUCCAUCUAGCGAACAAUACUUCAGCAAACACAGUGGAGUCCUGCUCCGCGGCUGGGCCAGAUCCAAACGGACUUCGGAGAUUCGGAUGCGGCCUGGCAACUUUACUCUGGUGGUUCGUUGUCGCGACGACCUCCAUGCGGAGGCAGAGAUCAUGCUGACUGGCUGGAGCAUCACAGCAGCGGAGAUAGAUGCGAAGCAGGUGGAAAAAGUCUUGCAGGCCUCUGUCUCCUCGGCAGAUGGUCAACAAAUAGUCAUGACAGUGAGUGCCAUUGUGGAGAGCAAGACUUCUGGCCCGUCCAGCAUAGAUAUGGUCAAUGCCCUGCAGGUGGCGGCAGAAAACAUUGACCCAGAGUCUGAGGUGCUGGAAAACAUGGCUUCGGUGGCAUCGGCUGUGGUGGGGAGUGGUGCGAUGGCUGAGGGGGAAAACGCGUCGAAAACUGUGGACGCAGCAGCUGAUUUGCUGGACGACAUCAUCCAGCUAAGUGGUUCUGAAGGAGUUGACCAACAAGUUGUGGGCAAGGCAGUACUAGGUGCUAUUGAUUCCCUCGCUUCAGCGUCGCAAGGUGGUAGCAGCUCGGAAAGAGCAGGAGAACUUCUUUCAAAUCUCAACCGCGAGCUCUUGACAUCUCUUUCUGAAGAUGAAGACUUGGUGAGAAUUGAUGGAACGAGUACGACCAUAGUGGCAGCUCGCAGCGUCUCAGUGCUUGAGGAGUAUGGAAUUUCUUCAGACUCAGGUGUGCCAGUGACCAUGGAAUUGAUCGAUUCAAGCUCAAAGAAUGCCUACAGUCAUGUAAGGCAUCAAGGGAUAUUGAAGCCAUCUGAUGCUCCUUUUCGCGCAAUUCAAUUUGAAGGGAGUGCACGGGCACCGGGUGCGGCGAGCGCGAGCGCACGGCGCCUGGGUGCUGCCAUGAUCAAAGUCAGGAUGGACUUUCAAGUGGAGCCUGUGGACGGGAUGUGGUUUGCAUGCGUGAGGAAGGAAGGAGCCACGUGGACCACGGCAUCGAUUAAGACUGAUACUGAUACUCUUCCACCCGGAGAUGAUGGCAAUCAGAAAGCCUCGUGCGAGUUUGAGAUGGCGGAGGGAGGGCCCAAAGAGGUCGUCACAGUCGCCUUGCUCAAACCGGGCGAGUCGAUUUGGAUGGCCUCGCUCAUCUCCACCCUGGUGGUUCUGGUGGCGGUGCCCUGGCUGUGCGGACUCUACGAGUUCGAGACCCGCGAGAAGCUGAAGAGCAAACGUUCCGAGUCAUCUGCGAGAACAGACAGCUGGGCGAACGCAGUAUUUGAAACAACGGCUGAAGAGUUGAGAAGCAUGGAGGACCUUGCUGUGCCAAGCGAUGGUCUGGCCUCGGAGUUCAUUCCGGGCUUGAGUUUGCGCGAAAUCCUGGAGGAUGAUGGACGAUGGGAAGAGUGCUAUGGUGUGGAGGGAAUGAGAUUAGAAGCAGACCAGGACAGUAAGUUGUGCCACGUGAACUUUUGUCCUUGAUGCUUUGGAGGCUUUGGCAGAGAAAAGACAUCUCUGUUGCAGCAUAAGGAGUCAUGAAACAAAACAGCAAUACAGCAAAGGCCCGAUGCAGCGCAGGCAACGGCAGCCACGACGGCUUCAAAGAAGCACCCUGAAAUUUAGCCGGUGCGAGGGCCUGGCGUGGCUGUGUUUGUAGCAUAGCAGAUCAAAUGCUGUGGACUGAAAAGUCAUGUGUCAGGGAUGAAGAGCAUCUGUCGGGGAUGCGUGGACCGUGAUGUCGUUCAAAUUAG